ACAUAAAAUAUUCAUUUUUUCUUCCAGGAAGAGCCAGAAAUUGUUUAGAUCCCACAAAUCACACACGUCUAUAGGCAUUAGCAUAACAUAGCUGUGUACUUCAUAUAAUACUGACCAAGAUGACGCUCAAAAUCGGAAUAUGCACGAAGCAGGAUCUCGACGAGGCGAUGAAGCUGCAGAAGCGGGAGCAGUACGAAGAUGAGCGCAAGCGGCGCAUCUUCAAUGCCAAGCAGCGUCUCUACGGGCUCGACCUCGAAAUGCUGGAUCGCCAGAUCCUCGAGAAAAAGAAGCAACGAACGGCUCAGAUGGAGUGCGACAAGAAGUUCGAGGAGCAAGAGCAGCUGCAGAAGCGCCUGAUCUCCGCCCAGGAGAAGGAGCUGGAGAAGAAGCAGCGCGUGGUGGACUCGGAUCUCAACUACUAUCGCUGCCGCUAUCAGCGCAAGGAGCAGCGUCGCGAAUUCGACCUGAAUGACCCGAAUUUCCUGAAAAAGGCACGUCCCACCAGAGUCGCCGACGAUGACAUCACGCUGGGCGUGUCCAGUGCCCAGAUCUUCCACGGCGAGGAUCUCUACAACUCUGACCGGAAGUUGCGGCAGCGGGAGCAGCAACGCGCCUGGCUGGAUCAGCAGGUGCAGGAACGAAAGAAGGCAGAGGAUGCGCGCAAACAGGCCGAUAAUCUGCUGAUGGACAAUGUCGGCUGUCGGGACAAGCAUCUCCAGGAGAUGGCCAAGUCGGAUCACCAGAUGCGCAACCAGGUGAUCCAGCGAGUGCGUCAGUUCAACAUGAACAUGGCCAAGCAAAAGCAACUGGAACGCGAGCGGGAGAAGCGUGAAAAAUACGAGGAUGACAUGGCCGAGAUCUACAACAUGCUCUCCAGCGACAUGCUCACUGAGAAUCCGGAUGUGGCCCAAUCGCGCACCGAUCCGAACAAGAAGAUUGCCUUCAUGUACCGCGGCAUGACGCCGGAGGAGCUGCGCGUGUUCCGCCUGGGACAGGAGCAACAGCUCCGCUUGGCCACGCAGCGCAAAACGGAGGCCCAGAUGAUGGACAAACAGUGGGAGCAGUAUGCCAUCAAUAUGGACCGCACCCUGGUGCUCCAUCAGAUCGAGGAUGAUCGCCGGCGCAAGGCGGAAUUCGAUGAGCUUAUGCGAGCCAACUCCAAGUUGGCCGUGGAGCAGGAUCAGCAGCGCAAGGAAGCCCUUGUGGCCCUGAGCAAUGCCGUGUCCGAUGAUUUCUACGAUCAGUUCAACAAGAACUCACGUUAGUUGGUUCAAGAAGAAGUUCCCAACGAAAAUCUUUAAAGUAUGAUGAACUGGACGCGAUUGGGAAGUUGCCUCACCAUCUUGCCGGUGGAGCAGUUUCGCACACGUGUCCAGGACACAUACAAUUUCAGUACUUUGCUGGGAGUUUUAAUUACAGAGAAAUUAUAAUGUUCAAGUUCA